CACUCGAUUUCCAUCAAUGACGAACAGCCCCUGAAUAGCUUUACAUAAUCUCUCUUCUCCACUCAACCCCUGUAUCCAUAGUGCCACUUCACAAGGCUCUCCCUUGACCAGAAGCCAGCACUCAUCUUCAGUUUCGGGACCCGAAGCCAACGAAAACAAAACCGGCAAGGCAAACUCAUGGCGCCGCCAAAGCGCAACUCAAAAGUCCGCCUGGGCUCCGCAACGGGGCCCAAGGGCAAGUCGGACGGAUCACCGCCGAAGCCGUACCGGACCAUCCCGGACAGCCUCAAGCCCUUCGUCUCGGGGCUCGACCCCAAGCACGUCUACAUCGCCCACCUCGACUCCAAGCCCGUGGCCCUGAAGCGCAAUAUCUUCCUGGUGCCGCUCGCCAUGAACAUCCUGGUCGCCGUGCUCUUCUUCAUGCGCCUGCGCUACAUCGGCCCGUGGUACAUGCAGCUGCUCCUGCCGGGCAUCGACCUGACGCCGCUGCUCGGCGCCGAGGCGGCGGCGGCCCUGGGGCUGGGCGGCGCUGCGCACGUGGCGGACCCCACCAUCGGCGUCGCGCCGUCGUCCAUGACGUGGGGCCAGAUCGCGCUGCUGGCGCUGCGGCGCGGCUUCACCUUCGUGCUGGACGCGGGCCUGCUCGUCUUCGUCUGGCCCUGGCCCGUCGAGUUCUGCCUGGGCCGGACGCACGGGAACCCGCUCAACUGGCGCUGGCGCGUCGGCUUCCGCGACCGCGAGGUCUACGUCCGCCGCAGCCGCGAGUGGGACCGCGCCCUGGGCGACGUGCUCGGGCCGGACGCGGCCGCGGCCCGCAUGGAGCUGGGCGCCAAGGUCCGCGCCGCCACCUCGCCGAUGCUGCUGCAAGAGAAGACGGGCUACCUGACCAUGAACGGCGACUGGGACCUCGACUGGGCCGCCAUGAUCCGGGCCACGCUCCUGGUCGACAACAAGGCGCUCGCCCUCGACGCCUUCCGCCUCCUCGUACUGGUGCACCACGCGGACCACGAUUGGAUGAUCAUGGACACGAGCUCGGGCCCGGGCGGCGCCACGUCGUCGCAGGAGGACGAGCGGAGGCGGCAGGUGUUUGCGUUCCGGGACGCCUUGUCCGCCAUCGGCAAGGAGGACCUCUUCUUCCGCUGGAUCGAGAUUGUGCAGUUCGAGGCCACGCAGCCGGGCGGUCUCACAAAGGAUAAGGAGGUCGUAGUUGCCAACCAAAUCCGGGAAAUGUUCCAGGCCCAGGGCAUCGACUUUGACGAUUUCUGGAAACAAAGCGUCGGCUCCGAGGGCAUUGCAGGUAUGGAAUGAUACCCCUUGUUUUGGGUGCAGUACGGACAAGCUUGAGGGUAGGCGUUGCCUGCAAUUUUCUUUCCCUCAAAUGCACCAUCAGAUUGGAUGGCAUGCGCAGGAGUUCGGGUGCGUCGCAUAAAAGGAUACCAUAUUGAAUAAUGAUACGUGUUUUGGAAUGUCACACAUGCACCA